CUUCAGUGAAUCUAGAAAACAACUUCCACAACAAUCACUCCGAAGACCUCGGGACCUAAACAGCACCCUACAAUGCAGUUAAUUCAUACUCUUCUUGGCUUGUCCAUCAUGGCUUCUACUGUCUAUACUGCACCAACCCCAGAUGCAGCCCCUGGCGCCGUUCUACGACUCGAAUCGCGAGGAUGCCCCAGUUUAUACAUGUGUAUCCUCAACGACAUUGUAAGAUACUUACCCUGAGACCCGAAUGAAAUAUCUCUAAGACUUCUGAUUGAGUAGUACAUCUGCUCUAAUGGCAACCUUGUCCUCAACAAUGCUUGUGGAAGUGAGAAUUGCGAAAUCAUCAAUGGAGCCCCGUACUGCGUUUAGGUCCGUACUCCAUGUUCGAUUUUCUCGGCAAACAGGAUAUUGAUACAAAAGGCAGGAGUACGAAACAAUAUUCCAAAGCUAUGAAAUGGCACUCGACUUCGACGUGUGACCCUUGUUUCUUGAUUUCGAAGAUUAAGGAAUGUUUCGGGAUAAUAUGCAUGCAAACUGACGAUACGCUCGGACUUACUUCAAAAGCUUUGGCUGAGAAGGAGGAUAAGGCACUCGAAAAGGCUGGAUUCCCUGCAAAGCUAAAGGAGUAUCUGUCAGUUGACAAAGCAUUAAUCUUCAACGGAGGUAUCUUGACGCUGUCCAAAGAAGUUGAGAUCACCUUCACCUACACGCAAAAGAACCAAGCCGACAAGAUCGAGCUCAUCGAUGUCAAAACCCCGAAGUACAAGGAAGACUACCGAAGACAACAAGCAAAAGGAGCAUAUAUUGCAGCAAUGUGCCAACCAGAGGCAUUGCGAGCUUUAUCCCAAGUAGCCCAGAUCUCUAACCCGAUAGAAGACGACGCCCAAAAGCUAAACCAGACCUUGAAGUGGCUAGACGACAACAAAGCUCGGGGCUUGAAGAUAAUCGGGUAUAUGAUCAUAAUCGGGAACGAGAUUCGUAAAGAUGACGAAGAAUUCGAAAUUCGAGGCAGGAACGGAUAUGCAUGCAUAGAUUCUCGCUCAUUAUACGAUUGUAUCGUCAAGCUCAGUACAACGACAGAAAAGAGGUUGAUGAUAGAUAUCAUAGCCCUUCAACAAGCUUAUGAUGUGCGUGAUCUGGACAAAGUUAAAUGGAUUGUCAACGAUGACAACCCUGUAGACGCAAUAACGAAGGGUACUCCUAAUAAGUCUUUUACGACCUCCCUUGAUACUAACAAGUUGACGGUUCGACUGAAAGGUUGGGUGGAUAGAAGGAAAAAGGAGAAGCAGAUGGAAAAGGACAUUCUUGCAGACAAGCGUUCGAGCUCGAGUGCCUGA